CCUCCGAGCUCCCAACGCGGCCAUCUUUAUUUAACUCAUUCAUGAAAAGUUUUUGUAAGACACUGGAACAUUGUUGCGUUUGGCUACGCAUCUAACGAACCACUGGACAUAUUUAUAUUGUUUUUGUAUCCGCGUGCUCCAGCGUGUGCUACAUCGUAGCGUAUUUCUGUCACAGCCAAAGUUGAAUUGAAAGCGUACGUGUUUAUUAGUAAUAUCUAUGUAGCCUAGAAUACGUUUUCGUUAAUCAGUCAUCAGCCUCUAGUAAUUUCACCAGCGAGUCCGCAGUAAACAUAGUUAUUUGUAAAUAUGAAUAGAUGUGUAGCCGACAGUAGAUGUGUACAGAACGCGCGAUGACAAUGUUUCGUAGAAGGACGAUGCGCUAGUCUAUCCGUCUAUGUCCCCUUGACCCGAGGCUGCUAGACGUCACAAUGUAACCAUAUGAUGAUGAUGAUGAUGAUGACGACGAUAUUCUGUCUGGACCUCGAGAUUGUGCUCGCGUUACAUUGUUAGAAUGAGAAAAAAGCAGAAUGUGAAACAGAGAAAGGCAGAAACAAUAAUAACACCAACACCUUUAACAACAACAACACUAUCAACAACAACAACAGCAGCCGCAGUCGUCCAGGAGUUUGUGGUUGAGAAGAUCAUCCAGCGAAGGGUCUUCAAUGGAAGAGUAGAGUACUAUCUGAAGUGGAAAGGAUUCACUGAUGCUGACAACACCUGGGAACCAGAGGACAACUUGGUCUGUCCUGAACUGAUAGAAGAGUUCCUGAGAAACCUCUGUUUGUCUGGAGAGAAUCAGGUUGAGGAAGAGAACCUACGGCCGGUGGAACCAGAGCUCGUCCCCAAAGAGGAACUGGCAGAACAGGAGACUGAGAUUCAGGUGUACAGCGAGCAGAGACAUAAUGACCUCCUGGAACCUGCUGACCAGGAUUCUCCUUCUGCCCUCACGUGUCCCCUGGAACCUGAACGCAUCAUCGGCUCCACAGACAGACACGGAGAACUCAUGUUCCUCAUCAAAUGGAAGAACCGUGACGAGGUGGCCCUGUUGUCAGCCAGGGAGGCCAGCGCCAGGUAUCCUGAGGUGGUUGUAGCCUUCUACGAGGACAAACUCACCUGGCACUCUGGGGAAGAGGACCAGUAAAGGAUGUGUGUGUGUCGUAGAGUGUGUGUGUGUGCAUGUGAGUACACAAGUAGGGAUGUGAACUGACAAGCAUCUGUAGGCAUCUCAUAGGUUAAUUUCUCCUCCAGCGAACCAAGGUCCUCCUUGAGCUGACAUUAAAAGCACAGUGUGUGAAACGAUGUCCUGCUGCAGGUAGAUUGAGUCAUCGUGACAGGUGUAGAAGCCCUCUACGGGGUCUUCCUGCUUCCUGUGGUGCUGUGAGGUCACAAUGCCUUCGGGGUGUAGUGCAGCGUGUGGUGGAGUUCAGAACCGUUCACAGAGACGUCUAUCUCUCUCUGUGGCCCUGAUUGAGUUGAAACUAAUGAAAUGAAGGCAGACAGCCUGAUGAAUUCUCCCCUCAGUCUAUUGUACAACCUUUCAACCCGAAGCUCUUUGUCAAAGCCUGACGAAGUGUGCGAGUAUCUCUCUGGAUAACAUGCCUUUGUUUUUUGGGAUCCAGCACUUAAAAGUGACUGGAUGUGUGUACACUACGUUUGAAGAGUUGAAACUAACCCUUAGCAUUCCUUUCCCAGUGUCUUCAUGUACUGCAGCAGACUGAAUCACUGUGGACACUGUGUUCUGUUUGACUACUGAUACUGUGGUCGUAGAACCCCAUGUGAUUGUAUUGGAGUUUAGUACUAGAUUUAGUUUCUUGUAUGUUCUGCCUCCGGGGCACCUUGGCCACAAGGCUCUCCCUCCGGCUCUUCCACUGUGAGAUGUCUGUGGUUUUAUUAGGUAGGAUACUUACCUUGUAUAGUAAUGGGUUCACUGUGAGAUGUCUGUGGUUUUAUUAGGGAGGAUACUUACCUUGUAUAGUAAUGGGUUCACUGUGAGAUGACUGUUGUUUUAUUAGGUAUAGUAAUAUUGUAUAGUAUUGGGUUCACUGUGCAUUACACUCAAUAGAUAACUACUGGCCACCUAAUAUGAUAUCUGCACUUUUUAUUUUUUGCCACAAUCCUUGAUAUUGUACUUUUUGUGUGUGUGUGUGUGUGUGCGAUUCAAAGUUGAUAAAUGUGUUACAUUUAGUUUACUGACAAAUGUAGAAAAGUGUUGAAUGAUAGUAGACUGACGGUAUGCUGUUUAAUGUAGAACAUGAUAGUAGACGGUAUACUGUUUAAUGUGGAACAUGAUAGUAGACGGUAUACUGUUUAAUGUAGAACAUGAUAGUAGACGGUAUACUGUAGAACAUGAUAGUAGACGGUAUACUGUUUAAUGUAGAACAUGAUAGUAGACGGUAUACUGUUUAAUGUAGAACAUGAUAGUAGACGGUAUACUGUUUAAUGUAGAACAUGAUAGUAGACGGUAUGCUGGUUAAUGUAGAACAUGAUAGUAGACGGUAUACUGUUUAAUGUGGAACAUGAUAGUAGACGGUAUACUGUUUAAUGUAGAACAUGAUAGUAGACGGUAUACUGUUUAAUGUAGAACAUGAUAGUAGACGGUAUACUGUAGAACAUGAUAGUAGACGGUAUACUGUUUAAUGUAGAACAUGAUAGUAGACGGUAUACUGUUUAAUGUAGAACAUGAUAGUAGACGGUAUACUGUUUAAUGUAGAACAUGAUAGUAGACGGUAUACUGUUUAAUGUAGAGGGGUUCUAUUAGUGACCAUGAGGAUUUGAUGAGUUACUCUGAUCAAAAUGUGACGUCACAUAUGAAAAAAGUAUAUCUGAUGUGAUUAUGUUAAUUUGACCCAGUCACUGAUUGUUCUCAGCAACUCUUAACCAAAUAUUUAUCCACCAACCUGUAUUUGUUACAGAUAAAUCAUUGUUUUGUUAAGGGGCCCAGAGUUAUAUAUGUUCAGGACAAACUCCAGUCCGUAGACAAAAAUGACUGACACUGUAUUCAUUGUGCACCUCUCCCAUGACUGGAAUGUUAUGGGACAAUGUCUGCAUCCCAAACAGAACCCUACUUCCUUUGUAGUGCACUAUAUAGUGAAUGGUCUGCCAUUUGAGACUGCCAUUCUGUUGAACCUUUUGUUCUGGGCUGCCUUUGAAUGAGUCACUGUACCUGUUGACCUUUGACCUGUGAAGUGUCUGCCUGUGAAUAAAGGUAUCUGUCACCCUG